AAUCUUCUGACGUUGCAAUCUUGAUAGAUAUACCAUACAUGCUUCUUUUUAAACCCCGGUAUCGCUGUGUAUGCGGAAUCUAAUCAUGUUUCCUGACGCAGGAGAGAAUUUGGGUUGGACCCCAAGAGUCUCACGUCAGAUUUUGGGUUGAAUCUGGUAUGGCGACAUACCGGUCAAAUGUGGCUUCUCGUGUUCAAGACACCGGCGUCUCGCUUUCGUUGCACGAUAGCGGUGCGGGCGUUGUUACACCACGGUUGCAGCGGCUCUCACCAUCUGUGUUGGAUUCUACGGCGACAGGUCCCGGCAGCGAGGCUACUGCAAUAUUGCUAUUAUUUUGCUCGGCAUUGCUGGUUUUGCUAUGCUCAUAGCGACGUCUAGCCCGACAGUGCAGUACGUCGGUGUCUUCCUCGGCGCAGCAGGCAUUUACCCUACGGUCCCUAACACUCUUUCCUGGUUAAAUAAUAACACUGAGGGGUCGUUAAAGCGUGCCUUUGUGCUGGGAGUAGUGGUGGGCUGGGUCAAUUUAAAUGGCAUGGUGUCGUCAAACAUCUACUUGCUUCGCGAAAAGCCCCGUUACUAUACGAAACAUGCGGUUGUCUUUGGUUAUCUGGUGGUUUUCUUGCUUGGUGGAUCUAUUAUAAUGCAUCUGGGACUUCGCAAGAUAAACAAAGAUCGCAGCCUUGGCAAGAUGGACGCCAAGUGGGACAGUUUGUCAGAUGAACAGAAGUUGGUUGAAGGUGACCUGCGACCUGACUUCAAAUACACUCUAUAGAUCUACUAGUUAGUCUUAAAUUACAUAGUUAAUAUAAACCUAAUUAGAC